GCACUUUGGCAACCCGUGGGUGAAGUGUGAACUAUUUUCUUCAUUGUUGACCUUUCCUAAAUCUUAGGUGUAAUUAUUUCAUCAUUAGGAGUAUUCAGACUGUAUCUUAAUAAUCUAGUUAAUAAUCAAUUUAUCUCUACGAUGGACUCUGAAGACGACACGAAGGACGAUGUCGAUUCUGGUAACGAAUCCAGCGGAGACGAUGUCGACUUUGUCAUGGACGAGACUCACAGUACAAGGGAACGGCAAACGGAACUCGAAGAAUAUCCAUACGAAGUGUUAUCUACAGAGGAAAUCGUCCAGCACAUGGUUGAUUGCAUCAAAGAAGUGAAUACAGUAGUUGAGAUACCAGCCACAACAACUCGCAUACUUCUGAAUCACUUCAAAUGGGACAAAGAGAAACUAAUGGAAAGAUUCUAUGAUGGAGAUCAGGAUCAGUUGUUUGCCGAGGCUAGAGUUAUAAAUCCAUUUAGGAAACCAGUCAUACAAAGGCCAAAGUUGCCUAGACGGAUAUCAUCAUCAGGAACUGAGGAAUGUGAAAUAUGCUUUACAAUUCUUCCAACUUCAAUGAUGACAGGCUUAGAAUGUGGUCACAGAUUCUGCACACAGUGCUGGUGUGAAUAUUUAACAACAAAAAUAAUGGAAGAAGGCUUAGGUCAAACAAUAGCGUGCGCGGCGCACGCAUGCGACAUCCUGGUGGACGACGCGACGGUUAUGCGGCUGGUGCGCGAGCCGCGCGUCAAGCUCAAAUAUCAACACAUUAUUACUAAUAGUUUUAUUGAGUGCAACCGGCUGCUGCGCUGGUGUCCGUCGCCGGACUGCAGCAACGCGAUCAAGGUCGCGUACGUGGAGGCGGCGCCCGUCACGUGCCGCUGCGGACACAGCUUCUGCUACGCGUGCGGCGAGAACUGGCACGAUCCCGUGCGCUGCUGCCUGCUGCGCAAGUGGAUCAAGAAAUGCGACGACGACUCGGAGACGUCAAACUGGAUCGCCGCGAACACGAAAGAGUGUCCAAAGUGCAACGUGACGAUUGAGAAAGACGGCGGCUGCAACCACAUGGUGUGCAAGAACCAGAACUGCAAGGCAGACUUCUGCUGGGUGUGCCUCGGGCCCUGGGAGCCGCACGGUAGCAGCUGGUACAACUGCAACAGAUACGACGAGGAUGAAGCGAAAGCGGCCCGCGACGCGCAGGAAAGGUCGCGCGCGGCGCUGCAGCGCUACCUAUUCUACUGCAACCGAUACAUGAACCACAUGCAAUCCCUGCGCUUCGAGUCCAAACUCUACGCGUCCGUCAAAGAGAAGAUGGAAGAGAUGCAGCAGCACAACAUGAGCUGGAUCGAGGUGCAAUUCCUUAAGAAAGCGGUGGACAUCCUGUGCCAGUGCCGGCAGACGCUGAUGUACACGUACGUGUUCGCGUACUACCUGCGCAAGAACAACCAGUCCGUCAUCUUCGAGGACAACCAGCGCGACCUGGAGUCCGCCACCGAGACUCUGUCCGAGUACCUCGAGCGCGAGAUCACGAGCGAGAACCUCGCCGACAUCAAGCAGAAGGUGCAGGACAAAUACAGAUAUUGCGACAGUCGGCGUAAGGUUUUGCUGGAGCACGUGCACGAAGGCUACGAGAAGGACUGCUGGGACUACACAGAGUAAACACCCCCUUCCUUGUCCGACAUACUGUCAUGUCACAUCUAGCUAUCUCUCUCGCACCACUCAUGACUGCACGCUAACACUUUGACAUAAGCAUAAACUAUGCCAAAUAUUUUGUCAACUGUACAUAAUACGAGCCCGGAGCUUAAAAAUUUUAAAAACGAUUUCAAAAUCAUUGUUUUGUUCCACAAGAUUUUACUAGGUGAAAUAAUAUAACAUACUCAGAGAAGGCUUGUCAUAAAGUACCUAUAAAUAUUAUAUUUUACGUGAAUUAGUAUAAUUUUUCUUUUAAUUAAUUUACUAGGAUGAAAUAAAUCAGAUCUAUAGAUUUAAUAGUGUUUAGAUGGCCUUAGUGUUAUUUACGACGAUGGCAAUUCAAUUAUAUUGGUUUUACUUGCGCUAGUUAUAAUAUUGUACAGUAUCGAUUGACGCAUACAGCAUUGUAUAAGCAGUUCAUCAUCAUCAUCAUCAGUAAAAGAAAGAUCUCAUAAAUAGAUAUUUUUUGAUUAGUGUCACUACUGUUGAUAGAUAGGAGUCGUUGGGUUCUUUCGAAUGUUUAUUUCAUUAAGGCCAGAAAGAACAUAAUGGUGCGUUAACACAGUAGGUGCACGCCUGAAAAAUUAAAAAAAAAAAAGUGUGACUUGAGUCAUUUUUAUCGUAGCUAUCAUGUUUUUGAAUGGCAGCUUAGUUAAUGGAAUGUUAGUUUGCUUUAUUGACGAAUAUUAAUGCGGCCAUUCUGUUUAACAAAAUGUUUACGAUCUUUUUUACAAUAGGGAAUAUGCAUGGGUAAAUAAUAGGGUUCAAAUUUUUUUUCGUUUCUCCGCUAAGAAAUCAUAAUAUUUAAACCAACAAUUUCUCAUUUCACUUAUUUAAUAAUAAUAAACCGGCCAAGUGCGAGUCGGACUCGGGUUCCGUACUCGAGUAUUUUUUUCGACAUUUUGCUCGAUAAAUCAAAAAAUAAAUAAAAAUCUGUUUUAGAAUGUACAGGUAAAGCCCUUUCAUAUGAUACCCCACUUGGUAUAGUCAUCUUAUUUUGAAAAUUUAAACACAUUUUAAUUUUUUUUUUUAAUGAUAUAACCACAUAUUCACGGGUUUCGGGUUUAUUCCCUUACUUGUGCUAUAAGACUUACCUACCUGCCAAAUUUCAUGAUUCUAGGUCAACGGGAAGUACCCUACAGGUUUUCUUGACAGACACGACGGACGGACGGACGGACAGACAGACAGACAACAAAGUGAUCCUAUAAGGGUUCCGUUUUUCCUUUUGAGGUACGGAACUCUAAUAAAGAAUAAAUGAAAAUUCACAAAACGCACACCAUUGGUAAUAAAACAUAAAGUGACGUCAUCAACCAUGUAACAGUAGUAGCCUAUCAGGAUUGGAUUUUAAGGUAUCACGUCAAAUAUGCAUACAAAAUGAAAGCACCCAAAAUGGUGCCGAUUAAAUCGACAGAUUACAAUCUUAAAUGUUACAUAAAUAUAAUGUAGUGCAUACAUUCACAUGAGUGAUACAUUUUUUUGAAAUGAUUUAUUUGAUUUUGAAAUGAUUUAUUUGAUUUUUAAAUAAUAUGAAUGAAAUAAUUCUUUUCUAAAUAUAUAUGGUUAAAGAAACUUUAUUCUCUUUAAGAAUUAAGAAUUCAAUUACAUGAAUUUUACAAUAUUAUACAAUAGGUAUCUUAUUCAUAAAAUACUGCGCUUUUAUACAAAAACAAAGUGAAUUGUAUACGAAUUAAAAAUGUAAAAAAUUGCAUGCAUAUACCCUAUUAAUGUUGACCGCGCGUGAAUGUAUCACUUGCGUACGUAUUGAUGAACAUAAUUGCCACAGGACACACAAACAUUCAUACACGCAACAAAGUUUAUUGCCGCAUUUGGACCAUGAAAUAGUCGGGUAAGUGAAUGAAAUCAUUUUCAGUUCGAUGUAUUGAUUUAUUCUUCACUGAAUUGCCUAUCUUAUAACAAUUCAUUAAGGACAUAAUAUAUGAGCGUAGCAAUUUAAAUUUUGGACGUGGUCAAAUGUAAUGCUAUUUCAUUUUGCUAUCACAUCAACACAUGAUUCUUCACAGAAACAAAAUUGAAAGUGUGUAUCAGAAGAAUAGUUUUUACAAUAUAAAGGUUUGCAAUCAUAAUACAUAUUAGUUAAAAUUAAUCUAAACAAUAUUUUCAGCGAACUUUGUAUUACUUUUUUACUUUCUAAAACAAAAACAUAUUCUACUACACUUUUGGUAAAAAAACGUUGAAUGUACGUUUUCAAGGGAUUUGUUGUUAAAAUGUGAUUCAAAUUUAUGAUUUUAGCCCCUUUUGGCAUUGAUCUAUGUAGGUAAUAUCUGGACUCAGUCUGAAAUAUUAUUUAAGAAAACUAUAGACACGUCACAAUUUUCCAUUUGCGUUUGUAUGGAGGUUUGCGCUUGAUAAACUGUCCUUAAUGUAGCAGAAAAAAUGUAUUUAAAGUUUUAUUGUAAUCAAAUUAGAUUGUUACUAAAUAAAUUAGGUUCUGUUUUCGGCGACAUUAGAAUAAUAAUGAUUUUUAAUUAUUGUGUAUAUUUCAUUAAAAAGUACCUAUGUAAGUAAAUAGAGUUUUUCCGUCACACAAACUGCCGUGCAAUAAAAUUAGACCAUCCUAAAAGUGGGUAACAAACGUUAAUCACAUUGAAUGCAUUAUUAAACCAAUUUUUUGGUGGCUAAUUUUAUUUCACGGAAGUUUAAAUUUUAAAUAAUUCAUAUUUUAGUGAAAAUAUUUUAAUGUAAAUGUCGGAUCUCUCUAAGUUUAGAAUUCAUUUCAUUCUUACUAAACAUUUUUAGAAUUCGUAUGAAGUAUAAUAUUAAUUUUUAAUGUUUUGAGGUCUUGUCAAACGGAGGCUUGUAUUUCUGGUUUGAAUAGCUUCAUCGCGCACGACAGAAUAGGUAUAAUUCUAACGAUCCUGAUGAAACUAAUAAGUGACAAAAACAUUGUUUUUCACCUUUUUUACGUUUAUUUGAAAACAUAGUUUUCCAGUGCAAUUAUUGAUAAACGUGUCUAGACAAACGGUCGUUUAUUCAAAAAAAUAUACGGCCACGAGAGUUACUUAAAUAAUAAUAAUUGGUGACAAUAACAUGUUUGAUGAGACUUAUAUCAGAUCUAUAGAGUGUAUUUUGACUUUGCAGAGACUUAAGUUUGAGUUGACUUUGUAAGACCGAUUUAUGCCAGUGAUAUAAUGCUGUCUCGUUUUAACAGUGUCUAAAGUCUGAGCGAAGUCAAAGUGCGUUCUAUAUGUCUCAACCUCAAAGUAGCGUUCAUCUUCAUCGCUUAUUCAAAAGUCAUUCUCCCCGUCGAUGGCGACAGCGUAUUGUAAUUUCUCCAGACUUGAUUCAAGUCAAACAGUCUCGAACUCAUUUCUGUAGUGUAAAGUAUUGCGUGUAGCUUUUAAUAAUGUUGGCUUUAUUCCGUUAUUGAUUUUGAUUAAACUAAAUCUUGGAAUCAUAUAGUGGCACAAUAUAAUUAAUAUAACUAUCGGAUAAGGGAAAACAAAAAAAAAUAUUUUUUACCAAAAAUCCUAUUUUUGUUAUUAGAAUACUGUUUACCGACUAUAAACAUUAAGCUAGUUCAAUAUAAUUAUAGUGUGUUUCUAUUCUGUGAUUUAAAAAAUUUCGACGCCUCGAAGGCUGAACUAAGUUUAAUUGAGGGCAGAAUUUUCGUCGAAAACGCAAUGCUGGCAUAAUAAAUUAAACUGUUAAUAAUUAUAUUCAAAUUGUAAGAUCUUUUAUUAACUUUCUAAUAUUAACUGAUUCUGAAAUGCUGAAUUAAACAAUAAGUGGCAUCGCCCACAGUGACUUUUUGUAGCGAUAUAGCCGCGCGUAUCCUGAACGCGAUUCUGAAUCUGAAUCGCGACAGUAGAGAUACAGAUUCGUAGGCACAAAGGCCAGCGACGCAUCGCUCUUGUAUCGCGACAUUUUUGAGGCUGUAUUGCUAUCGGUGGGCGAUCUCUUUAAAGUUUGAUUAAGAAUAUGUUUGACAAAUCCUAAAUAUAUUUGUAUUUAUAAUAACUAUACUUUCACGCAUAAUCUGAUUCGGAAGUGAUAGGUACGGCGGAACCUCUGCUUGAUUGUACAUUAGGUACUUCUAGCACUACAACAUAUCUGCAUUGGAUUGUCAUUUUAGUCGGAUUGUGCAUAAGUCGUUGCACUGCCAGUAAACGUGGUAAAUUGUAUUAACUCGAAGCUUGGUGUGUGUUCACUUAGUGAACUACGUUUAGAGUAGGCCGUCCUCCGUCACACCGUCGCGCGGCGCGAUUGUCGCAGCGAUGCAUGCUGUGCGCGCGGUGUGCGCGGAGGACGACAGUCGACACAAACAUACGUUGUACAUAUUUAGAUGCUGUAUAAAUAUUUAUACUCUAAUUCACGAUUAUGUAAUUAAGGGCAUCUUGUAUGUGUGUCGCGGUAAGACACAUUUGUCUUAAGAAUUAAGACGGAAAUAAAAAUAGUACCUAACAUCGAAAA